AUGCAGAUUCACUGUGCAGACAACCCAGCUACAUUCCCAGACACAGAGCAGCCUGUCUCUGAAAUCAUGACUUCCAUCGGCUUUGACCCUUAUUUUCCUUCCACUUACAAGAGGAAAGUGGCGGUGCGCAGUGCAGGUUAUGGAGGAGGUGGAGGAAUUGGAUCUAGGUCUGCCUACUCCAGCCACUCUGCCCCGAUAUCUUCCUAUGCAUCCUCACGCAGAAGUUAUCCAGCCUACUCCCGAGUUAACUCCAGCUACUCCUCUGCGCUUUCUGCUCCGGUGUCUGCAGCUGCAACCGAGCUACGCCUUGAGCAAGCAACCCAGGUCAGCUCUGAGUUCAAAACCUUGAGGACCCAGGAGAAGGCUGAGCUGCAGGGCCUGAAUGACCGCUUUGUCAACUUCAUUGACCGGGUCCAUGAGUUGGAGCAGCAGAACAAGUUGCUGGAGACUGAGCUUCUGCUGCUCAGGCAGAGGCAGACAGAGCCAUCCAACAUCCGAGCCCUGUAUGAUCAUGAGCUCCGCCAGCUCCAUGCCGCUGUGGAAGAAGCUCGCCAUGAGAAGGAAGCAGCCCAAGAUCGCAGGGAUGAGAUGAAGCAUGUGCUGAGAAACCUGGAGAAAUGCUACGAGGAUGAAGUGAUGGGGAGAGCAGAAGCAGAGGGAAGGCUCCUCGAUGCCAGACAGGGAACAGAUGAUGCUGCUCUGACCCAGGCCGUGCUCGAGAAAAGAGUCGGUACCCUGCUGGAUGAGCUGGCCUUCCUGAAGCGCCUCUGCGAGAGUGAAAUUGCAGAGCUGCAGGCCCAAAUACAUUACAGCGCUGAGGUGUCGGUGGAGAUGGAGGUUGCCAAACCUGACCUAUCUGCCGCUCUCCGGGACAUCCGGGUGCAGUACGAAAAGCUGGCACAACACAACCUGCAGUCAGCUGAAGAGUGGUUCUGCAACAAGAUGAAUGUGAUGACAGUUGGCUCGGCUCGCAACACUGAGAGCAUAAAAAAAGGCAAAGACGAGGCCGGAGAAUACCGCCGGCAACUCAAAGCCAGGAUGCUGGAGAUUGAUGCCGGCCGUGACAUGAACCAUGCCCUUGAAAAUCAACUGCAGGAAGUGGAGGAAAAACAGAGUGCUGAGAUCUCUGCACUGCAGGAUGCAAUAAGUCAGCUGGAGGACGAGUUGAGGGGAAACAAGAAUGACAUGGCUCGCUAUUUGAAAGAUUAUCAGGACCUCUUGAAUGUGAAGAUGGCCUUGGAUAUUGAAAUAGCAGCCUACAGGAAGCUCCUUGAAGGAGAAGAGAACCGUUUCAAUGUGGCGAGCCCCGGGUCCAUCAGCGGUUACUCCCAGGCCAUGUACGGCGCUCCAUCGUAUGGAAGAACGCAGAUCUCCAUGCAGUCUCAGCUGAGCUCGGCACCACCUUACCUGCUGAGCUCCCGCUUUUACUCUCCAUCCUUCUCCACAGAGGAGACAAUAUCUGCAAGCCAAGCACAUCAAGCUGAGGCCAGCCCUCCUCAAGAGGAAGAGGAGGAAGAGCAGGUGGAAGAGGAAGAGGAAGAGGUUGAGGAUCAGGUGGAAAAAGAAGAAAAGGAGGAGGAAGAGGAGCACGGAGAAGAAGAGAAGGAGGAGGAAGAGGAGGGAGAGGAGCAGGGAGAAGAAGAGGAGGAAGAGAUGGAGGAAAAGAAGGAGGGAGAGGAAGAAGCAGAUGAACAAGAGGGGGAAGCAGAGGAUGAAGCCAAGGAAGACGAGGCGCAAGGAGGAGAGGAGAACCAACCUGAGGAAGCGGAUGAUGCUGAGCAGAAGGAGGAAGAGGGGGAUGAAGAGGGAGAAAAGAAGGAGGUGGAAACUGAGAAAAAAGAGGUGGUGGAGAAAGCAACAGAUAAAAAAGUUUAAAUGUACCUGCUUUAAAAAAAGA